AUGUCUAAAUUGAUUCUAGCUGUGGCUAUUGCGUCGGUCGCAUGGGCAAUCGGACUCGUUAUUUACCGAUUAUUCCUCCACCCGUUGGCGAAGUACCCAGGUCCUCGUUUGGCAGCCAUCUCCAAUUGGUAUUCAGCUUAUCAUGCAUGGAAAGGGGACCUGCAUGUUAAAAACCGUGAAUUGCAUGAGAAAUAUGGAGAUAUCAUCCGAUAUGGACCAAACAGUAUCGACUUUAAUACGCACUCGGGGAUGAACACGAUCUACAGUACCCGAGCCAAUGUACGGAAGACAGAGACUUAUGUUGCCAUGAGCGCCAGUCGAAGGACUCCUAAUACCAUUUCGUCCACUGAUAAGACUGUUCAUGGGUUCAAGCGUCGCAUCAUGUCCCAAGUCUUCUCCGACCAGGGGCUCAGAUCUGUCGAAGACCGCUUCUUGCCAAGAAUCCAUGAUUUUGUUGAGUUGCUUUGGGACGGCAAUGGAAAGGGUACCACCACAGAGAAAGAGGAUGCAUGGGGAACCCCAAGAGAUAUGGCAUUGAUGUGCGGCUGGUUGGCAUUUGAUAUUAUUAGCGAUCUUAGUUUCGGCGAGCAUUUUAAUAUGUUGAAGUCGCCAGAACUACGAUGGUUCCCAUCGGUCAUCCAGAAGCUUGCCCAAAGAGUGACAAUCGGCAUGAUCCAGCCAAAAUUCUUCAAUUUGAAGCUUGAUCGACUGUUCAUGGCAUCUCAAGUCAAGGAUAUCUUGAAUGCCGGGACAUGGAUUCGCGAGCGCUCGGAAGCACGAGCCUGUCUCGGCAACGACAUCAAACAGAAGGAUCUGCUCUACAACAUGAUGAAUGCUACUGAUCCAAAAACAGGGAUGAGCUUCAAUCGAAAAGACCUUUGGUUAGAAUCUAUCAUGUUGCUCACCGCUGGCUCAGAUACAACCUCUGCCGCAAUGGCCAGUACAUUUUUUCUUCUAGCUCACGAUCCCGAAGCGCUUGCGCAUUUAACAGAAGAGAUUCGUGUGACAUUUUCAAACGAAGAUGAAAUCCGUAUUGGUCAGAAGCUCAACUCUUGCAAAUAUCUUCAAGCCUGCAUCAACGAGUCUUUACGUCUCCUACCAUCUGUUCCCAACUCCCCUCCUCGAUUAGUCCAAGAAGGCGGGAUUCAGAUUGAUGGUGAGUUCAUUCCUCCGGGAAUCACUGUCGGUACAUCCAUCUACACACUUCAACGGAACCCAAGAUAUUUCACCUCUCCUAAUGAGUUCCGCCCACAACGAUGGCUAUCCAACCUUAAGGACGGAGAAAGUAUUAUGAAUUCCAAUAGGGAAGGAUUUGUUCCUUUCAGUUACGGACCUCGGUCCUGUGUCGCAUGGAGGCUCGCAUGGACAGAAAUGAAUGUGACCCUUGCACGGACGUUUUUCCGAUAUGACAUGAGAUUGGCACCAGAAAUUUCUUGCUGUGGUGGGACACGGAGAGAUUGUGAUUACCCGUUGAAGGGCUUUAUUACGGCGGCGGUCGAUGGUCCUUGGUUACAGUUCCGACCUUCUCGAAGCUAA